AUGAAGAAGAGACCCCGAGAGCUCAAACCCUUAGUCCCCACACUCGCCUCCUGCACUGGCCAAUCCCUAAUCAAACACUUAGCUUCUUGCAAUAAUACUGUCAGAUCCCAAUCCCUGAAACUCCUUCAAUCGUGGUUGACUUCUCAAAAGCAAGAAAUCCCUGAAAAGGAUAUUAAGAAGCUUUGGAAAGGGCUUUUUUACUGUUUCUGGCACUCCGACAAAGCUCCGAAUCAGUUAGCCCUUGUUAAUAGACUUACAUCCCUUUUUUUGAUCCUUGAAUCCCCGGUUUCGCUGCAGUAUUUUAGUAAAUUUGUUUUGACUCUUCGGCGGGAGUGGCCUGGGAUUGAUCGCUUGAGGUUAGACAAAUUUUACUUGCUUAUACGUAGGUUUAUGAGGACUUUGUUUGAAUUGAUGAAACUUCAGCAAUGGAAUUUGGAAUUUCUGGGGAAGUUUAUGAGUGUUCUGGAGAAUUAUGGGUUUAUGGCAGACGAUAAGUUGCAGGGGAAUGGAGUGAAUUAUCAUAUUGUAUCGGUUUUCUUGGAGGAGUUGAAGGAGGCGAGGUUUCCGGUGGACAAGGAGGUGGUUGAUGCGAUCUUUGGGCCCUUUUUUGCGGUUUUGACGAAGAGUAAAGACAAGAUUUUGGUGGGGAAGGUUACAAGUUGUGUGUUUGAUGAGUUGCUGAAGAUGGGCAGGGAAUUUUUGGUGAAGAAAAAAACAGGAGUGCAUUGUGACGAGAAAGAUGGGGAUGUGUUGUUAGCUAUGGUUGCCUUAAAGAUGGGUUUUUCGGGGAAGUUUUAUGAGGUUGGUUCAUCAGUGGAGUGUUUACAGGGGAAUAGGAAGGUGGUUUUUGGGUUAAACGAGGAGUUCUUGAAGUUGGAGAAGGAUCUGGAGUCAUGUGGGUUUGAAAUUGUGGUUCCUGAAUACAAUGAUGCUUCUGAUGGUAGUAAUGAUGAUGAGGUACCUCAGUUAAUCGCCAUUGAUUACAAUGGUGAGUGUGCAUCGGGGGCAUCUGAAGAAUCUGAGGAUGUGCAUGAUGACAAGAAUGAGUUUGAUGAUGAAAGCUUGAAGAAGAGUAAGAGGGCGAGAAAAGGGACAGAUGAAAGCCGUAAGAAGUUAAAAGGAUCGGACACAAGCAAUAAGAAGUCAAAGAAGAAGAAUGAUAAGGAACAAAAUUUGGUUUCUGUAAUUGGAUCUACUGUUGAUGAAAAUGACGAUCUGGUUACUGCUAAUGGUGUGGGAAAUGGGGAUCUGAUGACUGCUGAUGGAAAGAGUUUGAAUGAUGAAUUGGAGAGUCAUGGGAAUGAUUUGACUUCGAAUGAGUCUGUGAUAUCAAAUCUUCAGAAGCAAUUUGAGAAGGUUGCAGCUGAAGCUGGAUCAUAUAUAGAUGAUGAUACAGAUUCAUGUGAUACACCAAAAAUUACAGUGAAGAAUAGAAUGUCGAAAAAGAAGAGGAAGGUUGCUAAGACUGCAGAUAGGAAUGACACUGACAACUUAGACAUGAGUGGUCAAGGAGAUGACAGACUUGAUAAUACUGCAAAGAGCGUGGAGAAGAGUGUAAAGAAGGUUAGAUUUGCAAUGAAAAAUAACUUGGUCUGGAAGCCACACAGUCCAUUGCCUCCAGAAAGUUUGAGACUACCACCCUCUGUUACUCCUAGAGGUAGUGCUCUGAAGAAGGGGGUGCCUCCGGGUCCUAUAAGGGAGAUGCCUCCUGCUAAGAAAAAGAAAAAGAAGCUGAAGACAGAACAGAAGAUGUUGAAGAGUGCAUCACCUGCCAAGAAACAAAAGAAAAAGAUACAAAUUGGGUCUAUUUGA